CGCUUCCCACACUCGCAUGCAGCGGCUGGAAUGACUUCCCUUGACCAGCGUGUAGUUUUUAUAACAGUAGCUUAGCGCUAACUUGUUUAUUUUAAAAAAACAUGUCGGAGUUUAACGUAAACUCAAAAUUCGCGCAGAAAUAUGAUAGAUAUCGUCAGAAAGAAGAAUUACAGAGACUGAAGGAUCGAUACGGAGACGAGGAGUCGUCCGAGUCCAGCUCCGGGGACAGUGAAGUGGAACUGGACCCUGAAGUCGAGAGGGACUUCUACCGGACACUGUCGCUGCUGAAGAAGAAAGACCCCAAGAUCUACCAGGCGGACGCGAAGUUCUACUCGGAAAAUGCGUCCACCGGUGAUGAGAAGCCUUCGACCUCGAAGAAAGUGGAGAAGCCGAUGUAUCUCAGGGACUAUGAGCGCAAAGUCAUCCUGGAGAAGGAGGGUAAAUUUGAGGAUGAGGACGACAGCGACGACGAAGAGGAGGCAGCCAGGAGAUUGGAGAGAGCCGCCUCUCCGAGCUACAUUCAGGAGCAGCGGGAGCUGAAGGACGGCUUUCGUAAAUUCAUCCAGGACAGCGAGGAUGAGGGAGAAGAAGAGGCCAGCGAGGGAGCCGGACAAUCAGGGUUUCUCACCAGGAGGAUCAAAACGCGGGAGGAGACGGAUAAAGAGGAGGAGGACUAUGUGGACUGGCUGAAAGGCCAUACUGACCUCGAGGGUCCGGAGGAGGUGAAGGACAUGAAAUACUUACGGGACUACUGGAACGACCCGGCGUUGGACGAGAGGGAGCGUUUCCUGAGGGACUACUUCCUCAACAAGGGCUACCUAGACAAGGACGCCGAGGGGGGCAACGAUCGGAUCCCGACCUAUGAGGAGGUGUUGCAGGAUGACGUGGAGGACUCGGCGGAGGAAGGGGAGACUUUCUUAGAGCAGCAGGAGGAUUUCGAGAGAAAAUACAACUUCCGCUACGAAGAGCCCGACUCGCAGAAGAUCAAGACCUACCCGCGCAGCAUCGCCACGUCGGUGCGCUCCAAAGACGAGCGCAGGAAACUGAAAAGGGAUGAAGUGAAAGAGAGAAAGGAUAAGGAGAAAGAGCAGAAGCGGGAGAACCUGAAGCAGCUGAAGAACUUGAAGAGAAACGAGAUCAUGGAGAAGCUGAAAAAGCUCCAGGAGCUGACGGGCAACGAGCAGCUCGCCUUCGAUCAGACCGACUUAGAGGGAGAGUUUGAUCCUCAGCAACACGACCAGCUCAUGCAGAAAUUCUUUGGCAAUGAAUACUACGGGAGAGAAGAAGAGGAGAAGCCUCAGUUUGAUGACGAAGAGCUUGAGGAGCCCUGGAACUGGGACACGUGGACGGGAGAGGAUCGGGGGGAGCACCACGACUAUGGCGCCUCUGAGCCGCACUGCGACGACGACAACUUCAUUAUGGACGCCGACUACGACCCCAACCAGCAGACCGCCUCCCAGGCCAAGAAGAAGAAGCAGAAGGAGAGGAAGAAGAUGAAGAAAGACGAUUUGCCACAAAUGGGCAAAAAGAGGAAAAAGUCUCACUUCGCUGAAGUCGUCACCAAAAGCAAGCCGGUGUUUGACCCGCAGGAGAAGAGCUUCGAGCAGUACCUGGACGAGUACUACAAGCUGGACUACGAGGACAUCAUCGACGACCUCCCGUGCCGGUUCCGCUACAGGCAGGUCCUGGCCAACGACUUCGGCCUCAGCACCGACGAGAUUUUACACGCCGACGAUAAGGAGCUGAACACCUGGUGCUCUCUGAAGAAGACCUGCAUGUUCAGGUCUGACAAGGAAGAGAAGAGUGAUUUGAAGAACUAUCAAAUCAAGGCCCAGAAUCAUAAGCGGAAGAGAGAGAUCCUGAGCUCGAUGUACUUUGAGGAGCGUAAAGAACUGGAUGAUGCUAAGACCAAGGCGGGGAAGAAGCGAGGCGAUGGUCUGAAGGAUGGAGAGACGAGAAGCGAUGGUCUGAAGGAUGGAGAGACGAGAAGCGAUCGUCUGAAGGAUGGAGAGACGAGAAGCGAUCGUCUGAAGGAUGGAGAGACUCAAGACGGAGCAGCAGAGGGCGGACACGUGGACUCACCAAGAGGGACGCUAGCCCAAGCUCUCGCAGAGUCAGGGGACGAUGAGGAGAUUCUCAAACCAAAGAAGAAGAAGGUGGAACUGCAAGAGGAGGCCCAGGUGGCAGUCACCGCUGUGGAGGCAGCAGACAAGGCUGAGGUGAAAACCAGGACUGAGAGGCCAACAUGGCCCAAGAAGAAGCUCAAUGUUACCGGGGGAAAUGCCACCGGUGGACGCCAAGGGUCCGGCUCCAUGGGGGUGACGAUCGGCGGCCGUGAGUUCAGCAGACAGAGACUGAAGGCCUACGGGCUGAACCCCAAGAGGCUGUUCUUCAGACAGCUCGGCAGACAGAAGCGGAAAGAACGGGAGAAGGAGGAGAAGCGGAACAGCAAGGAGUGAGCCGCCGUCUGUUAACUGUCGACGGCACAAUCCGUCGAUUUUUAUGGUCCAAGAAUUAAACUCAUAAGUUAUGUUCUUUAAGUUUUAAUUUAAAAAAACAUAAUGUUGAAUUCGUGACAUUUGUUUCAAUUGUUUAUACUUAAAACUUGUUUUAUAUACAACAAUAAAUUGUCUAUCAAUCCCAAAAUCUAUUUAUCAUGCUACAUUCAUUUUGUGUUUAUAUUUACCAAACUGUUAAAAAUAGCACUGUUUUAAGGCGUUUAGAUAAACUUUAUGAAGUCCGAAGAUGCUUAUUAAGAGGACAUUUUAGUCAAGUAUUUUGAAAUGUAAUUCGCAUCAGCAAACAUGUUGUAUCCUUAAACAGCUGUUCAAUCAGAUAAUAAAACAUGAAUGUAAUGCAUAUAA